ACACACGGCACAUGGCGCAUAACCCUGCGAGUGGGCGAGCAUGCGACUUGGCAGAUGGGACCGCCCAAUGGCCCUUUGCGGGAUACAAAACAAGAUUGCUGCAGCUGAGCCUGGACUCACAGGGGACAAUGACGAGUGCCUCGGCCGCUCGCUCAUCUCCUCCGCCCCCCGGAUUUCCGUGUCGGUAAGGUCCACACAAAGCGCUCGGAGUCGCGAGAAGCUCGUACCUUGCACAAAUCAGCUGCGAGCCUGUUUCUGUGUAGUGUAACUACCUCAGCUCGCACACCGCCCAAUGCCGGUCCAGAGUGCCGGGGUAACUUAGGUUCCACAUCCCCGCAAACUUGGGUCCCGUUCGUGCAGAAUCCGGGGCCUCCGCGCAUCAGAGAGGGCCCAUUCCCAAGCCGAAACGGCUGCCGACAACGCGGCCGAUCAAUCACGGGGUAUCCCAAGCUUACAUUGGCGGAGACGGCGGGGAGGAGGAGACGAUCCGCUCGACCUUGGAACGGGCGGCCACUACACGAGUAAGCCGAGUGGAAAACGACUUCUGAGCCGAGGGGGGAGGGAAACGAACAUCUAAUGCCCGUCGAUAUAAACCCCGUUUUCGAUUGUUGAGCGACCCCUGAACCGAGCGUGUCCGGGUAGUUGUACGUAGUGUUUGCGACGGCGUGAUCAUGGCGGUCAUCAACCUCAUCCUCUCGCCGUGGGCGCCAGCCGCGCUGCUCGUCGCGGCCGUGGUCUACUACGUGUAUCCGUACCUGGUGACCUACCGGCACCUGCGACACAUCCCGGCGCCGUUCCCGGCGCAGUUCACCAACUGGUGGCUGCUGCUGGUGUGCCGCCGCGGCGAUCGCUACGCCACGGUCGACAAGGUGCACAAGAAGCUGGGUCCGGUCGUGCGCAUCCAGCCCAACCACGUCAGCAUCCUCGACGACGAGGCAAUCCAGGCCAUCUACGGGCACGGUAACGGCUUCCUGAAAUCGGACUUCUACGACGCGUUCGUAAGCAUCCAGCGCGGCCUGUUCAACACGCGGGACCGCGCCGAGCACACGCGCAAGCGCAAGAUCGUGUCGCACACCUUCUCGGUCAAGUCGGUCGCCCAGUUCGAGCCCUACAUCCACAGCAACCUCGAGCUGUUCGUGCGCCAGCUGGACGACCUGAUCGCGCGGUCGACGAGCCCCGACGGGGCGGCGCACCUCGACUGCCUGCACUGGUUCAACUACCUCGCCUUCGACGUGAUCGGCGACCUGGCCUUCGGCGCGCCCUUCGGCAUGCUCUCGUCGGGCGCCGACAUGGCCGAGGUGCGCGCCUCGCCGGACAGCCCGCCCAUCUACGCGCCCGCGAUCGAGAUCCUCAACCGCCGCGGCGAGGUCUCGGCCACGCUCGGCAUCCUCCCGCAGCUCAAGCCCUACGCCAAGUACCUGCCGGACCCCUUCUUCUCCAAGGGGCUCAGCGCGGUGGAGAAGCUGGCGGGCAUCGCGAUCGCGCGCGUCAAGGCGCGGCUCGAGAACCCGCCGCCGGCGUCGCGCAAGGACCUGCUGCAGCGGCUGAUCGACGGGCGCGACGAGAAAGGCCAGCCGCUCGGUCGGGAGGAGCUGACGGCGGAGGCGCUGACGCAGCUGAUCGCGGGCAGCGACACGACGUCCAACUCGUCGUGCGCGCUGCUGUUCCACGCGGCGCGCACGCCGGGCGUGCUGGCGCGGCUGCGCGCCGAGCUGGACGCCGCCGUGCCGGCCGACCUGGUCGUGCCCACCUUCGACCUCGUGCGCGACCUGCCCUACCUGUCCGCCGUCGUCAACGAGACGCUGCGCUUCCACUCGACCUCGGGCAUCGGCCUGCCCCGCGAGGUGCCCCGCGACGGCCAGGGCGUCCACAUCGCGGGCCACUACUUCCCGCCGGGCACGGUGCUGAGCGUGCCGACGUAUUCGAUCCACCACUCCAAGGAGAUCUGGGGCCCCGACGCGGACGAGUUCCGGCCGGAGCGGUGGGAUAACCUGACGGCGAGGCAGAAGAAUGCCUUCAUCCCCUUCAGCUACGGGCCCCGGGCGUGCGUGGGCAGGAACGUGGCCGAGAUGGAGAUGAAGCUGAUCGUGGCCACGUGGGCGAGGCGGUACGACGUGUCCCUGCAGCAGGAUCAUAUGGAUACGAGGGAGGGGUUCUUGCGGAAGCCGCUGGGGCUGAAGAUUGCGCUGAAGCGGAGGCAGUGAGAAGGAGGGCGGUUUCGUGCGGAGGAGGCAUGGACGCUAUCCAGGUGUCUGUCCCGAACCCGAAAUCGGCACCGGUUGUCCAGUACGUGUUGUAAAGCUGUAAAAUGCGGUGUCUGCUUGGCGGUUACCAUGAGUACAUCCAUCCUUUGGGCAAAUCAAUUUGAAGUGUACUGGCUCGGAUUAGCGUGCCUUGCUAAACAUUUGUGCAAAUCAUAGUACGCCCUGGUCUCAGGGGCUGGCGAGUGCGGUGAACCCAAGUAGC